UGGGGGCCGGCGGUACCCUGCGAGCAGGAGGGGCGAUGCGUGUGAGUACCGUGGCCAUGCUUGCGGGCCGGGUAGCUGGAGCUUAAUGGCGCGAGGACAGUCUGUGCCGGCCGCUGCAGGUGACAAAGGCGUAGUGAGGGCCACCACGGCCCCGAGCAGUUCCAAAAGAUGAGUCGUGGAUAUUCAGAGAACAACAAUUUCUUGAACAAUAACAACCAAAUGGUGUUGGACAUGAUCCUUUAUCCAUUAAUUGGAAUCCAUCAGACCAUCAACUGGGAAACUGUGGCAAGGCUUGUACCUGGGUUAACACCCAAAGAGUGUGCAAAAAGGUUUGAUGAACUGAGGAGCAGUGGCAGCUCACCUGUUGACAACCAAUAUAAUCCCCUAAUGGCUGCUGGAGAGAGUCCUGUGGAAACCUUAGCCACAUAUAUCAAAUCGUCACUUCUUGACAUGCAGGGAGAAUUUCAGGAAACUCCAGUUGGUCAAGAUGCAGUUUCCAAAACAGGAAGACAUAGUAUAGCUUCCACAAGGAAUUGUUCUUCAGAAAGUGAAAAUUGUACUACUCGUAAUGGUGGAGAAAAGACUGAAGAAUCUGAAGGGCCAAACAUGGUGAUCCAUGUAUGUGAUGAAGCAAAAAACUUGAAAGAAGAUUUUAUUUGCCCACGAGAUCUUUUGAUAGCAGAAAUGAAGUACUUUGCUGAAUAUUUAUCUAUGGAUGCCCAGCGCUGGGAAGAGGUGGACAUUUCAGUUCAUUGUGACGUUCACAUUUUCAACUGGUUGAUAAGAUAUGUUAAAAGGAACACUAAGGAGAAUAAAGAUUGUGAGAUGCCCACUUUAGAGCCAGGAAAUGUCAUUUCAAUUCUUAUUUCUUCAGAGUUUCUGAAAAUGGAUUCAUUGGUUGAGCAAUGUAUUCAGUAUUGCCACAAGAAUAUGAAUGCCAUAGUUGCUACCCCAUGCAACAUGAACUGUAUUAAUGCAAAUCUUCUCACACGUAUAGCUGACCUGUUCACACAUAAUGAAGUUGAUGAUUUAAAGGACAAGAAAGAUAAGUUUAGGAGUAAACUUUUUUGUAAGAAGAUUGAAAGACUUUUUGAUCCUGAGUACUUGAACCCAGAUUCUCGGAAUAAUGCAGCGACAUUAUACAGAUGCUGUUUGUGUAAGAAACUUUUAACAAAAGAAACAGAAAGAAGAAUUCCUUGCAUUCCUGGAAAAAUCAAUGUGGAUCAACAUGGAAAUAUUAUCUACAUUCACAUAAGGGAUAAGACUUGGGAUGUUCAUGAGUAUUUGAAUAGUCUUUUUGAAGAAUUAAAAUCUUGGAGAGAUGUAUAUUGGCGCUUGUGGGGAACAGUCAACUGGCUAACUUGUUCAAGAUGUUAUCAGGCUUUUCUCUGUAUAGAAUUUUCACAUUGUCAGUAUCACUCAGAAACAGUGGUUUAUCCAACUGCAGCAAGUUCACUGAGUACUGUUGGCACUGGUAUUUAUCCCUGUUGUAACCAAAAGGUUCUUCGGUUUGAUCCCACUCAGCUAACAAAGGGUUGUAAAGUGAAGGACCACAUAGUUGCUCUUCAUGAUCAAAGUGAAGGCGGAGAUUUGCUGUCGUGUCCAACCACUAGAAUACUGGACGAUCUGCACAAACACAAAGAUGUCAUUGUUGUGCCUUUUUCUAAAGAUACAGUUAGUGAUUCUGGGGUUGGUCCCUGUGAUGAAAAGGGUCUAGACUGUGAUGUUUUAUUGGAGCCAAAUACACCAUGGGGCCCCAAAAGUGGGGAGCUCAAUGCUUUUUUGUCACUGAAAAACUGGACUCUGCAACUGAAACAACAAUCAUUAUUUUCGGAAGAAGAAGAAUAUACCACUGGAUCUGAGGUCACUGAAGAUGAAGUUGGAGAUGAAGAAGAAAUAUCCAAGAAACAAAGGAAAAAGGAAAAGCCAAAGAAGUUCACAAAACAACCAAAAAAGCAGAUGUCUUCACCUUGUGGUCAGAAGAAAGAAAAGGUGUUAGAGAAGUCAACUUCUAGAGAUGUGUCUCCUUUCAUCGUGAGUAUGCAGAAGAAUAAAUGGGAUGCCACAAGAUCCUUGAGAUUCAACCAGGAUGCACAAAGGGAAGAUGAUCAGCGGCGGAUGUCCGAAAUUACAGGGCACCUAAUAAAGAUGAGAUUGGGUGAUCUGGACCGUGUCAAGUCAAAGGAAGCAAAAGAAUUUGCAGGAGGUAUUUAUUCCAGACUUGAAGCGCAAAUUAAGGCCUCAGUGCCAGUCACUGCCCGGCAAAGCAGCUCAGAAAAAAACACAAGGUCUAAAAGCCGUUUUGGUCCAGGGCGUCCUGCAUAAAGCAUCUUAACUACAACUAAAAAGAAGACACACCUCUGGACAUCUGAGAUUGCUCACUUCUUGAAGAUCUUCAGAACGAUGACUUCUAAAUGUUUUAUUUAUUAUUCUUGCAAACCACAUAAAUCAUAAUGCUAAGGGAAAUGUAUAGUUAGGUCUUUUGAAACCUAAUUGUAAAUAUGAAACUUCUUAAAUCUGACUUUCUUUUAAUGUGAUGCUAUGUAGAAAAUUAGUAUUUACAGAUUUGCAUAGUUAAGACUCCUAAUAUUUGUUAUCCUUUAUUUAUUUGAAAGAGAGGAGGCCUCAACUUUCAAGUAGCUAAGGCUUUUUAAGACCUUAAUAAAUUAAGGGAACACAGCUGGUGAUGGUACUGUGCAUGUGCACUGAUUAUAGUAUGCCUUUUGAGCUGUAACUCUUGGGAUAGCAUUGAGAACUGCAAUCUGUGUAAUGAAACUCCCAGGGAUGCUAAUUUUAAGUUUGCAUGAAUAUUAAGGAGUGACAGGUCUCAAGCCUAUAUUAAAUAAAGUUUCAAGGUGUGAUGUAUUCCCUGUGUUGGGCAAGAGGGUUAAUUUUUUUCAGCAUUAAUCCAUGGAAAGCACAAUGUUCAUCCAACUUGUUUUUCUUUCAGUUUUUAAUGCUUAUCUAUUGGUUAUCUGAGCUGGAAUUACUGAUUAUUCCUUUUCCUCUGUGAAGCCAGUGCCAUUCUGAAUUUAUUAAAAUAACUUGAUAGUUUUAGGAUAGUAAAUCAUUUUAGUUGUAUAUAAUACACCCAGUGUGCAGUUCUCAGGGCUCUAAAACCCAGCCAUGUUUCUAAAGCCAUUCGAAUAGCCCCAUUAAACAGUUACAAUUACUUACUACUUUGCAGUGUCUAGAAGGAAACAUUCCCAAAUACAUUUGAUGGGUGAAAAAUGCUGUGCAUUCAGUAGAAAUCAAGCUAAAUUCUAUUAUAUAGAUCAUGUUUUAAUUUUUCUAACCAAGCAGAAAGAGUGCUCAGGGAAAAUUUGUUCCAAACUAUAAGCAUAAAAAAUUAUAUGUUUGGAAAUCACAUAUAGGCAUUUGAAAAACUUAUAAAAUUCACUGUUUCUAUUUGUAGUCUCCAUUGUCUUAUAAUUGGAAUUUCUUCAAAUUAUUUAGAGAACAGAUUUUGAUAAUGUGUGACAGAAUGGCAGUUUCCAUUGAAAUGUUGAAGUGUUAAACUCCGUUAACACAUACAGAAAUCAUUUUUAGGGACUAUUUUAGUUAGUAAAUGCAGCUAGAUGUUAUCUGAUGCUAUAGGUAUGGCUUUUCCAAGGUUUUUGAAUUUAUGUUUGGAAAUUUUGUUCCAGUUUAUGUAUCUUUCAAUUGUUUGAUGUUUUUGAAAUAGAUUAUAAAACUUUUAUUUUCAAAAGAAAAUGUUUUAUAGUACAUGGUCUAUAAGCUCUGUUAAAUACCACAGUCUUGUUUCUUUUACUGUAUUCUCUGAUUAAAAGGAUUUAGGCCUGUACAGGUUAUAUAGUGCUGUGAUGGUCACAACUGAAAGAAGUAUGCUCUUUAGAUUUUUAUCUGAUGAUAAAAAGGCAAGUUGCUUUUCCCCUGGGAGGACUGUACCAGUGGAUUGAUUUUUUACAAACCAGAAUUUAUCAGAAUUUGAUUUUCUUCAGAAUAGGCUUUUUAUUUUAUAAACAUCUGUAAUACAUAGCACAGGUACCACAAACAUUUUAAUCAAACUGUUAAUAGUAUUUCUUUAUCAAAUACUUUGAAAAGGUUUUAUCUUACAUUAAUUCUGAAUUUACAUUCCUUUAAUUGAAAUAAAUGUUAAUGACAAAAAUGGUUUGAAAA